UAUAGCUGCCAUUACAAAGAUAUUUAUUAUUAUACCACUUAUAUAAAUAUUAUAUAACUAUGUAUAUAUCUUAUUCCGCAGUUGUCUUGAAGGCACUGAGGUUGAAGCCAGAAAACUAAAUCAAGAAACUAAUACGCACCCUUCAAAAUUCACUCUUGAUUCAAAAUUCCAAGGGGUAUAUUUCGUAAUCGAUUGUGCCACAAAAUUUGAGCCAAAGCUCGCAUCUUGCUGCGGCAAAACAACUUGACAAAUCAAACGUUGUCUUUAGUCUGUUUGUUUUGUAGCUAUAUUCAGUUAGCCUGGAAAAAUCACUUCCGUUUUCCCUUUUAUCCGGAAUAAAAUAGAAGACCUUGGGUAGAUUUUCUUGGGCUUCUCAAUUUCAUUCAUCUUCUUCGAUUCAUGCCUUCUUAAAGUGAUCUAUUUCUGAAAAAAUGGAAAAUUCUCACAAUUCACAUAGCAAUGGGAGUCUGAAUGGCCGUAACCUACACGUUAUGUUUUCAUUGCCUUGGUUCGAUACACGAGUGUUCUAUGUUAGAGUUAGCAAUUUCAUCGUUGACGAUUCUACCCCUGAAUGCCUCACCGUAAAUUACAUCCCUUUGAGCCCGGACACAGUCCUUGAAGUAAAUGGUACUCGAUGUUCGAUUGAGUCAGAAGGAAUUUCGUGCAUUCUUAGACGGGACAGAGUUGAUAAGAAAUCCGAAGAGGCUACUUUUGUAAGCACGGACAACGUAAGAUUCACAGGCAGCGUGAGAUUUGAGGUUUUCGAUAAAGAGGAUCUUGUUAUAUCUGGGGUUUUGGAAAUGUCAGGUACCAAUGGAUUUACUGGAGAGUCAAAUAAUGCGGCCAAGAAAUGGAGCAUGAACUGUGAAUCAGUUAUCAGUAAUGGUGUGGGAUUUUUGAAAGGAAAACAAAUAAUGAGUUCUGAAUCUUUAGUGCCCACUAUUGAAGUUUAUGUGGCUGGCUGCUUUUCGGGAAUCCCGAUUAUACUGACCAAGACUUUACAAGUUUGUAGCCGCAAGAAGCAUAGAAAUGGCAUGCUAAACCCGAUUCCCGAGUAUGAUGCUGCUGAAGAAUCCAAUGAUGAUGUGGCAUCUGGCCAUGAUUUGCAGGUUGCGGAUUACAAGAUUUACGAACCGGAAAGUGAGGACUCGUACUGGAGAAGAACGGAAUAUAUGGAAGGUGAAGACGGGGAACUUUCUUGGUUCAAUGCUGGGGUUCGAGUAGGAGUGGGGAUAGGGCUUGGGAUUUGCCUCGGAGUUGGGAUUGGAGUUGGUUUGCUUGUCCGAACCUACCAAAGGACCAGUAAGACUAUUAAAAGGCGGCUUGUUUAGUUGAAGGAAACUUAUGAUAUUGAGUGCUGACUUGAUUGAUGUGUGUGAAAUACAUAUGAGAAAUCUGUCUUUUGAGUAUCUAUGGCCGGGUUUUGGAAUUGAUGUGAACUAUAUAUCAGUUUUGUUUCGUUUGUCACUUGGUGUAAAAAGAGAGUUGGGUGAUAUAAAAUAGGUGUUCGGACUUGUUUAUCACUCUGUAAAUAACAGGUUCGGUGUUCAAUAACGGCUGCCUUUUUAUUACAACGGUAAA